CAUCUCUCCACACUUCGCCUUCUAGGCCCGUUCUCCACUCUCCACCCUUCACCCUCGCGCUUCUCCCGCUCGUCUUCUCUCCCUUUCACUCCCCAACGCUCUUUCCGUAGAUCUGGAUGCCUUUUUGCCAGGACACGCUUCUGAGCAAUUUACUCCCUUCCUCCUUGCAUUCAUUCCAUAUUCCAAUAUUAGCACCCCAUUAAACGAACCUCACCCCCUACACCCUCGCCCCAACCCCAACUCUCCUAACAACAUUCGUUACAGCCCUUACUCCGUACUUCAAAUACGUCCUCCUAACAGCACAAACCAGCCAUGUCUUCCACAGACACAACUCCUCUCCUCAGUGGCCACCAUCCACGGCGCGCCUCCAUACCCAGCAGCCACAGUGUUGGUUCCUCCUUCCCAAACUCCUACAGUAAUCGCAACCUGACCUCUGGUCUUCCUAGCAAUAGCAACAACAACAACAAUCAGCGACACUGGUCUGAAGAGACUGAAGACAUCUCUGGCCCAGACCCAAGCUCUUACGGCCACCAGAAUACCGGCGCUGGAUACCGUCGUAGAGGACCUCCUCCACCGAUCCAUCAUACCUCGGAUCUUGACGCCCAGCGGUUCUCGGGACAGGAUCGACCGACGGGAUUACAGCGACUGCUCUGUGGUUGCUGCUGUCUGCCCUGUCGACGGGCGCUGUUCAAUUUCAAGAACAACUACUCGAGAACUGAAAAAUACGCCAUAGCUAUGGCCGUGGCGUUCUUUUUCUUGGCGGUUGGGUUCUUGUGCGCGUAUGUGCGUGCCAAAGAGGCCCUGCCCGAGACUGGAAAGAAUGGAAUUUGCACCUCGCGAGAGUGUACGAUCGUGGCUGCCGAUAUUCUGAGGGACAUGAAACCUGGAGUGGACCCUUGCACGGAUUUUUUUGACUUCAAUUGCGGUGGAUUUAUAAACCGGGUGGCGAUCCCAGACGACAAGGCUCAAAUCGGAUACUUCAACCUGGUCAGAAAGCAAAAUCAGGAAACUAUUCGCGGUAUCCUUUCACCAGAGAUCAACAAUGUCCAGAGGACCAAGGACGAUGCCUCGAAGCGCAACCUGAUCAAACUUCAGUCAUUGUACGAGAGCUGCAUGGAUGAGAAAAAGAUGUCCGAGGUUGGCGUCAAACCCCUGGCGGAUCUGGUUCAGAAGAUGGUCAAGGCCUUCCCUGUCCCCUCUAGUGUCAUCGAUACUAACGCCCCCAUGAAGUCUUUCCAGAGCAGGAUUCAGAACCUGAAUAAUGUCAACACACGCCCCAAGACUAUCACCACCAGCUCCAAGGUCAGGAAUUUAGACGUGCAGCGGAUCCAAUUAGUGCAGGACGCGGAAGAGGAGAACGAAGACCAGAUUCAGUCAUCCUACCGCGGCUCCGCACUUGAUGAGGUAUCAGAGCAGCAGGAUAUCCCCUCACGCGUGGACACUUUUCUGGACAACGACGAAAUCAGCAAGCGUGACGAUGCAGGAGCAACAGCACAUUUGGCCCGGGCAGAAAGAGAAGAGUUGGCACAGGUGAUCGCUCAAUUGGCAUGGCUCGGCGUUGCGACCAUGGUGGAGUUCGAUGUCGACUCGGAUCCCAAAGAUCCCGAGAUGAACGUCUUCAAGCUGAGCGAAAGCGGACUGGGGCUUCCUUCGAAGCAGUACUAUGACGAGGAGAAGAUCGUGGCCGUCUACCAAAAGGCUGUCGAGGAGAUGUUCACUAUCGUCUUGGGCAAGGGCAGUAGGAAGGGAGAGGAUAAGGAGCAGCUCGGACCUAUUGUCUGGCCUGAGGUGGCCAAGAAUGUGGUCGAGUUCGAGAAGCUGCUCGCCGCCAUCUCGAGCGACCCAGAGGACCUCGACAACUCGGAGCUCACUUACAAUCCACGCACUCUAACCCAGAUCUCUGAGUUGGUUCCUACAAUUGAUUGGUCUUUGGCUCUCGAGAAACUGCUUGGAACUGGUGCCACGACCCCUAACCCGAUCAUCGUCUCUAUGCCCGAGUAUCUCGAGAAACUGAAUGCGCUUCUGAGAGACACUCCAGCGCUGACGCUUCAGAACUAUUUUGCAUGGCGCAUGAUCCAGCGACUCUCGCCGAACCUUGCGGUCGAGUAUCGUAAGCCCAUGUUGGAACUCAGGGCGGCUUUGCAGGGUGUGUCUGCAGAUCUGGUGACCCCCCGCUGGGAAACAUGUGUGGAUGUUGUCGACGGUGCUCUCGGUGCGAUGGCGGGCCACUACUUUAUCCAAAAGGCGUUCAAGGGCGACAGUAAAGAAAUGGCCGACAGCAUCAUCAGCUCGCUGCGCACAGCGUUUGUGAAGGGACUCUCAAAGCUGGAAUGGCUCGACAAUGAGACACUUUUGAACGCAACCGAGAAGGUUGAUUUGUUGGUACAGAAGAUUGGAUACUCAGUCGAGUCGCCAAAUAUCCUUUCAUCAGAAUCGCUCGAGGACUACUUCAAGGAUCUAGGGAUUGACAAGGCCGACUUUUUCGGAAACCAGAUCCGGGCGAGGACAUGGGAUAUGCAGCAGAUGCUGAGCGACUUGGGUAAGCCUGUGGAUAAGGCCAAGUGGCUGAUGAACCCUCAGACCGUGAAUGCGUACUACAAUCCGAGCGCGAAUGAGAUUGUCUUCCCUGCGGGUAUCCUUCAGCAACCGUUCUUCCAUGGGGAUAACCCAGAGUACCUAAACUACGGAGGCAUCGGUGUUGUUGCUGGACAUGAGCUCACUCACGCCUUUGAUAAUGAAGGACGAUUGUACGACGCUCGCGGCAAGUUGAAUGAUUGGUGGUCCAACUCGACGCUGCAGGAGUUCAAGGAGAGAUCACAAUGCUUUAUCGACCAAUAUGGAAACUUCACGGUCAAAGAUCCUCAAGGUCGUGAGAAUCAUGUCAACGGUAAACUCACUCUGGGUGAGAACCUUGCUGACAACGGAGGACUGAAGAGAUCUUUUGAUGCAUGGCAGACACGUUUCAAGUCGGAUCCUCGUGGCAACAAGCACAAGAACCAUUUGCUCUCAGGUCUUGAAGACUAUACGCGCGAGCAACUGUUUUACAUGUCCUUUGCUCGUGUCUGGUGCUCGCAGCGUCGUCCAGCUUCUGCUAUCGAAGGACUCCGAACGGAUCCGCAUGCGCCUGCACGAUGGCGCGUCAACGGAGCCGUUCAGAACUCCAAGCACUUUGCAGAAGUUUUUAAUUGCAAACCCCGCUCACACAUGAACCCCGAUACAAAGUGCGAUCUAUGGUAGGAGCGCGGUUCCCCCUCCCCACCCAAAAAAAAAACCUAGACAAGUGAUUGGAAAGUAUUUCUGAUUGAGUAAUUGUUAAUUGUGCCCGAUG